UUCAAAGUAUAUUUUGCGUAGAAAAUACUUCGCCUUGCAAAGUAAUGUAGAUUUAUUUGUGACAAUUGGCAGUUUUAUCUCCCAUUCUCUCCGUUGAAUAAUGAGUGACUUUUUUUAGAAAGUCUAGAAUGAACAGGUAGCGGCCAGCCGUCACAAAUGACUUCACAUUCACCCAACAGAUUACCUUGGUACUUUGCUGCGUUUCAUUUUGAAGGUAGGGUGUUUUAGUCAUGCAUUGAAUGUUUUCAAACUAAAUGGUUUUCAGCUGCGAAAGUAACACACCGAACUGUUCAAAUGAAUAGCUGAACUUAAAUGACUACCCUACAUCGAAAGCAGCUUGGAAUAGCUUGGAAGAACACAAAGGGUUUAUAUUUCCGCCAUUGGAUCGUUUUGGAUGGCUUAACCUUACUCUUUUUGUUGUGGUAGCAACUCCACAUGUCAAGCAAAUAUACUGGAAAGCCUUCGAGUUCCACUCAGUGACUGCAUGAGGUGAUUUGAAUGUAAUAUCCGUUGAUAUAACAUUUGGCAGUCAAAUUCAAACAAUUUAUUCGGCUGGCGUGUGAAGGAACUAAAUGAGUGCAAGACUCUGUUUGCUUAGCGAGUUUAUUAUGAUAUAAUAUGACGCUUACAUGUUGCGCAUUACAACCUCACCUCUCAAUAAACGAUGAUCAUUGUAAUGUUUGCCUGGAUAGCACAAUACUGGGGAUCUGAGAGUACAUGGUGGUUCAAUAAGUUAUCUAUGUUAUGCAUUACAAUAAAAAUACUAAGAACUAAAGCUAUAUGAUAAGGAAAGAUUCCUUUAGUAUAGAGAUCAGAAAAUUCUUCUAAAAGGAAAAUCAGUCUUAAAAUAAUUGAGAAGGAAACCGUUAUUUCACCUGUUUCUUGAAAUUUGACGAGGCAGCUAAGCUUCUACCAUAUGUUUAAGUCUUAUAAUGAUCUGGUAGCACACACAACAAAAAUAAAAGGCCUAGUCCAUUUCAUGGGAAAGUAGAAGUAAAAAUAUCUCUUCCAGGUUGAUGCCCUUAGUUUUUUAGCCAUGCUUUGACUAAACAUUUAGUACAAGAAAUAGUACCAUGGCUAUCAUUGAUACUAUGAUAGUGGAAACUGGAAACAAGUCCUUGGAAAUCCAAAGGGGAAACCUUAGACAUGGUUGGGUAUCUCACUUGUUGACUUGGUGGAAGGGAUGAGUCCAGGAAGGUAAAACUGUUGCUUGAGGGAUGGGGAUUUAAUAUUACUGAUUGAAUAAAACUGAAACUCAAAUAUAGGACCUUGUAAGACUUCAUGUAUAGCCAUUUUGUGUAAAAUCAUAAUUGUUUAAUUCCCAUGUAAGUUUUGCUUUUGGGCAGUCUUAAGUCUAAAGGCCAUGAUGGAUUCAUGGUUAGGUGUAAAGCAAUUUGCCCACAAAUCAGAGGCUAAUUUACUUUGUGCUUAAUGGCAUUAAUUCUAAGUGUUCUUAUUUUUUGUGCAUUAGAAUACAAUUAGAAUUUUCAUAUUGAUGCUUCUGGUAGUAAAUUUGGAUUUUUUUUUUCUUCUUUUCUUGUUAUUAAGAAAAUGGGAACCAGUGGAGAAGGAACCAAAUUUCAGUGCAAGGUCUGACCAAUAUUCUUCAGUUGCAAUUUUUACUGAUUUUGCAAAUUUAUGAGUCAAAUUCCUACUUUUCCUUCAGUUAAAUUUUUAAAAUUGUUUUAACACUGUUUUGCUUACUUUUAAUUCAAAGCUUGUAGGGAUAACAGAUGUUGCUAGCCCAGAGGGUGGGGAGAUGUGUGCUGAGGCUUUAAGGAAAUUAAAGGUGGAGUGUACCUGUUCAUGAGUCAUGUUAAUUCAUGAAACUUGAAUCAAAGCUCAAAUUUAUUUUUUGCCAUAAUGGCAAUUAUUAGUUAUGCUAUAUUUCUAAAACAUGACAAUUAUAGGCUGUGUUAUUCCUUGAACAUGCCACCAUAAAACUGCCUGAAUUGCAUUAUUAUAACCUACCUGUAAGUACUAAAAACUUCUCAGUGUACUUACCACAGGCAAGUCUGCCAAUAUGACAAAUUGAUACUGCCUAUAGUUGAUCAUGAAAUCUUGUCAUAAACUGCCAUUCAUUCAGCCCAAUUUGGUACCUGGCCCCUUCUCUAUUGCCUUAUCUCAAUGCACAGAAAUAUCUUUUUGCUUAUCCUUCCUUCUGGUAACAUAAUAAUCAUUUCAGUCCUGGACUGAUAGCUAGUAAUAAUGUGUGUCUGUUUUAUUAUUAUUAUUAUUAUUAUUAUUAUUAUUAUUAUUAUUAUUAUUAUUAUUAUUAUUAUUAUUAUUAUUAUUAUUAUUAUUAUUGUUAUUUAUACUAGGCUCAGUCAAAGAAAAAGGGGCAGCACAAAGAGAAGGUGACACUGGCUAUUACUUUGGAAGGUAUCAGGAUAGAAGAUGAGACUACUCAAGUAAGUGUGCAAAUAAGUCAAAUAUUAUUUAACCACCAUGUGAUUGCCAUAGACACAGUGACAUUUAAGCUGCACCUAUGAGUGUGCAACUCAAAUUCUGGAAAUUCCUAGGAAUUCUCAAAAAUUCCCAAUUAUGAAAAUGACCCUUGCAAAAUGAAUUCCCAGUUUUCUGGGAAUUCCUAGGGAUUCCUAGGAAUUCUCAAAAAUUCCCAACUAUGCAAAUUAACUCUGAUUUAAAAAGCUUGGAAUUACUGGGAAUUUCUGGGAAAGAAGACUCCAGUUUUGUGAGGACUUGGAAUCCCUAGGAAUUUCUAGGAAUUCUCAGCUUUACAAACUACCUAUAAUUUAAGAAGUGUGGAACUCUUGGGAAUUUCUGGGAAUUGAAUUUGAGGCAAUUUUAAUACCCUGAGGUCCACAUAAAUUCUAAGAAAUUCUCAAUACCUUGAAUGUGAAGGUUUUAAGAAAAGGAGUAAUUUCAGAGGCUCAAAACUUUGGCUCAAUAAAAGGUAUGCUAUACAAAACUUACCAAGAGAUAUACAUACAUGUAUAUGUUUAUAACUUAAAGAUCAUGAAAUUUAUUAUUCAAACAAAGUUUUAGUAAAUCUUUACAUUAAUAUGGAUUUUCUCAUGAACCAGUUGUCAGUUAUGUUAAAUGGAAAUUUCCAAUUAAUCCAAUGUACUCAUAUGACAGAUUUGCUCUCUAACCUCAAAGGACUCUUGGAUUCCAUGAUCAAAAAAUAUUUUUAUUGUGAUGCAAAUUAAUGUCUCAUGUUCACUGAUGUGCCAAAAUCAUCAAACAUUCAUUAGCUGUUCCUUGGUACACAACUUCCACAAUUAUUAACAAUAAUUACAAUGUUAUCUACACUUAAAGAACUUUGUUAGUUAUGAACAUAAGUUACUUCCCUAACCUACAUUACUGGUUGCCUUUGUUAGAAAACCUUGGAACGGUCAAGCUCAGUUGCCUCAAACACUGUCAGAGACUUUUUGUUGACAAUAUUCUUAAUAGAAAUUUCAUGGCUUAGACAAACAAAUUCAACACUUAAUUAAUCUUUCUUUUUUCAUGAUUGUUGUUUCUGGUUUUUUUUCAGUUUUUUGCUCUGUUUUUGUGACUAAUUGCUGUAAUUUGUUUUGUUGUUUUUAUUCUUACAAAACAUUUUUUUAAGAGUUCCAAUACUUGUGGAUCAUCCACACACUUUGCAAACAUUUGCCAUGCAGACAAGACAGAGGUAGUCAAUGUUCCCUUUGAGAAAAAACACCUUUUAAAUGACGUCUUCAAUUUACUUUAUUUGAAACUCUGAUCUGAAAAUAUUUGUCAACAAGACUUGUUAGUUGUGAGAAGUACCAACCAAGUUUCCUUUCAUAACUUAAUUUCUUAAAUGUCCCAAUCACUGGAUCUCCCAAAAUAUAUUACAUCUUUUUAUUUUUGGUGCAAAAUACAAGUCCUUCUUUAUAUAAAAAUGAAAAGUGCAAGUCACACUUCAAUAAUAACAGCUCUAAAGUUUACUUGUUGUUCUUCUCUGUCUGUCAGCUAUCAACAAAAUUGUUUUAUACUUCGGACAGUGCAUAACUAUUUGUGGACCAGAGUUCCAACGCACCUCUGUAAUCGCAUAUAGUUACUUCUGUCUCUUGUACAAAUGUUUCUCCUUUGUAAGACGCACUCUACUCUGUUGUCACUACUGCUUUAAGUUCAGUGGAAACGACUGACUGAGGAAUCAAGAUGGCGAUGUUGGAACGUGUUGCUGAACGCUUGCUACGGUCAAGCUUUGUAGAUGUAGGUACUGGUACACUGGGAUCAUCUAUGUAUCUCUUAUACUUCCUAAUGUGGUGUCCUUCUUUUAUAAAUAUGAGGAUAAAAGACGAUUUGUAGUCGCAUUCAAAACUGUGAUUGGCUUGUGUUAUUUCUCACCUUUGCCAUGAACACAACUCAAGUGAGUUUCGAGUCUUUUUUUCCUCGACAACUUUCGGCCACAAAUCGUGCAUUUGUAAUACGAUCGAUUCUUGUCGAUUAUUUCUACAUAGAGUGAGCUCACAUCAUUAUUUAUAUCACCAAGGUAUCCAUCAUCUAGAAGCAGAGAACCAGUCGGAGAAGUCAGAAUAAAGUUAUGCGCUUCUCUUAACACUGCAAUCGGCAAGCCAGCGGAUUCACUUUGCUAGCCAAUGACAAGUCCUAAAAGAUCCACGUGAUCAUGCCUGUGAUCGGAAACAAAGAAGACUCCAUUUGGCGCUCAUCUUUGAAUGUACUUUUCAUCGGUUGAUCGUUUUUCUCAACUGUUUUGCUUAAUAUAACAUUUCUAAAGAUAGCUUUUAUUGUGGUUCAAUGGGAAAACGAGAACAGCGUGAGUGCUGUAAAAGAAAAGAAAGUCGUUGGCGCCGUGGAGUUAAAAGAAGGGACAACAGUUGACAUAUUGACUGGUACAAACAAGAGUCGAGUGGCCAUCUGUAAAGCUACGAUUUUGAAAGUUUGUGGUGAGUAAAAAUUGCGAUGUUCGUUACGUGAUCAAAAUCUUAUAAAAGAAUAGAUGUAGCGGGUUGAAUUAAGCUUACAUAACGCUCGGCGCAACUGAAACUAGAAUAAUUCUGAGAAUCGAAUCGGUCACUUGCAUGCCGCAGUUUCUUAAGCUUAUGUUUAAAAUGAAAUAAACCUAUCAGUAAGGUUUCAAGAUUCCUCUAGUCACGUUUGGGAACAUUCGAGAUUCAUAAUAGGAACUGUUAUUAAACAAACCUUAUUACAUAAAGAAGCCCUCCUUGGUAAAAACAAAAUAAUGUAUUCAGCCCUUUUUUGGUAAAAUCUAUGAGAGAGAUGUACUAACUCCAAUAUAAAAGUCACUCAAUAUAACAGAGAUUUCUCAAUUUGGGAAUCCAAUGAAUGCCCUUUUCCUCAUAGCCAUCUUGUAGGCCUGGUCUGAGCUUUAAAUAUAUAUAAAUAAAUUCUUUUUUUUCAAAUUCAGAUGUCAUGGAAUCCAGAUACAAAAUGGUCAAGCUUCUUGUAGACAACCUCAUUCAAGGCCAACUCAUUGUGAGCCCAGGAAAAAAAAUACAAACAGCAGCUAAGUUUGCAGUUUAGGAUAACUUCAUUCUAAUUUAUUGUUACAGUUACAACAAGAUUUUAAGAGUGCUUGGUUUUCAAAUAUAAUUUAAGAUAUUGUGUUUUAUGGAAAAGAAUCAACAGAUUUUAUUCACAAUUUGUGUCAAACCAAAUUUAAUGAUUGAUUAGGACUGUUUUAUAUGAAUAGCUGUAAUUGAGGAUUAAUCCAUAUGAAGUUUUCAAGAAAAGAAAAAUAAAUCAAGUUUCAUCCUAAUAGUACCACACAUUGAUGUUAAUAAUUAAUCAAAAAUAUUUUACAUGUAAGCCUUAACUAAGCUUCUAAAUAAAUUUCAUUGAAUACUUGAAUUUUAGCUGGGUUUUUUUUUUAAUUUAAAGUAUUUAUUUUAUAUCAUUAGCCUCAAAUUUUUGCUUAAAAUUCCCAGUAAUUCUUAAACAUUCCUAAAAAUUCCCAGAAAUUCCUAGGAAUUUUUUAGAUUUACAGCUUUUCAGGGAAAGUCAUUGGUUCUCUGAGUUGGAAUUCCUAGGAAUUCCAAGUCCUGUUGGCUAUAAACUUGGAAUUUCUAGGUUUUUAGAACCAGAGUUGUUAUGGUUGGGAAUUCCUAGGAAUUCCUAGUCCGAAUUUACCGUGAAAAUUCACACCUUUAUUCCUAGGAAUUCCAAAAGCCAUUUUGCAAGGGUUAACUCUUAAAUCUCAUCCAAAUGUUGCUUUCACUUUUUCCAUCUAAUUACCAAAGAGAAUUUUCAAGGGGCAGUAUAUAGUUCAAAUGUUUUGUUACAUUUUACAUUAUGUUUUCUUUAUCAAUUAUUUACCCAUUGACUUAUCCAUUUACUUAUUUAUAUUUUCAUGUAUCCACUCAAGUCAAAAAUAGCUUGAGAGUACUGAACAAUGGAAGGGCUGAACAGCAGAAGGGAAAGAUACAAUUAAAUCUCCAGGUGCCCCUUCCAUCUCAUUACUUUUUGUUGUGUUUUUAUAGGUUUUUCUGAUUUAUUUAUUUGUUUUUAGAAAGUGCAGCAUAUGCAUCCUGUCAAGAGAAUAUCAUUUGUCACUCCGGACCCAGAUGAUAAGAAAAUAUUUGGUUAUGUUUGCAGUCAGCCUGAUUGUUCCACUGGAUAUACAUUCUAUGCUCUGAAGUCAGAAAAUGUAAGAAAUUAAAGAAAUUAUUUGCUUUGUUAACUGAAUUACAGGAAAUGCAUGGGCUAAUUGUAGGAGACAUGAUGCAUGGUCUUGGUUUGAGACAUGUCUUUUCACCAUGUUUUGUUGUGAAUGGGAUCUGAUGUCUCACUCUCCCAAUGCCUCUCUCAGCUGAGGAACAUAUGGAGGUAUUAGAAAACUGCUAAAGAAUUAACUUAGUUGUCAAAUUGCUGCACUGGGACAACUAUUAUGGCCCAGGAUUCAACUAGGGUAAGGAUGCAUGCAGUAUCCCUGGUUAUGUCAUACGCUCAUGAAAGUGGAAUGAGCAUCUGGAUCAAGCUCCAGCAGCAGGGGCCAUGGGCUUGACAGUAGACUUACCUUAUAACCAGUAACUAAUAGUUGGUUUCAGUUAUUCAUAUGUCAUCACCCUUUAUAUGGAAAAGGUAUCCAAGUCUUUUACUGUUCAAAGAGAUAUGCAGGGGAAUGUAUUUCAUAUCUAAUUAUGACAAUACAAAUGGAGAUACAAUUGAUCUCCUUUUCCCACAUUCUCUUUUCUGUAUAAAAAUUUAAAUUCAAUUUUUUAAUUUAAAUUUAAAAAUUUUUUUUUUUUAAAUUCAAUUUUUUUUAAUGGGAAUUUCUUAGUCAGCAGAAAAAAUUUUCAAAUAUUGAGCUACCCCAAAAUUCCUGUUUCAGUUAAUUUAUUGUAUAUGUUUUUGUGCCACUCUGAGAGUAGCAUUUCCUGUUGAAAAGAAAUCAUUGAGGAGAAACAUUUUUGUCAGGGAAGUAUGCAAAUUGUAUCUUGUUCAAGAGGAAAAUACUUUAAAUCUACUUUACAAUAGUGCACUUUGAUUUGAAGGCUUGCAAGAGUUCUCGGCUGCAAAUUUUUAGUUUCAAAUUCACUCAUGCAAAUAAAAAUUUUCAUAACAUUUAAUCUUAAAUAUUGCUCAUUAAGCACUUAAUUAUUCUAAGCAUGUGUUAUUUUUUCUUUCAGGCAAAGGUCAUAAUUGAUGCCAUUAUUGAACUUUUUGAGGUAUCAGUAACUCUUAGACAAAGGGCUGGAUCAGCAAAGGAGCAGGUCACCAGAAAUUCAUCAAAUGGUACUGACUGCAGAACCGUUGAUUUUGUUGAAUGAUUAUAACUACUGUAACAAGACUGUUCCACAAAAAUAAGUAUUUUAAAAUAACUCGUAUGUACUGGUCCCAUAUUUCAAUUCUUAUUUUAAAGUUACCAUGCUAUAUGCUAUAUUGCCUGAUGUUUUAAUGGUGUGUUCAUGAGAAAGUAAGUUUGUCACUGACUGACAAUGACUGAUAAGUUGAGGGAAUUUUACACUUCCAACGAUCUUACUGACCAUCACAUUCUCUUUUGAAGAAUGAGGUGAUUCUUAGGCAAGUACCCUACUCGACUUAGCUCGUCCGUAUCAUAAUCAUUAGCAGUUUGGAGUCAUUUUUUUCCAGUGAAGAAGUCCACUCUCUUCUACUUUUUCAGUUCACUCUCUUUAGCUUGUAACACGAACUAAACGUGCGAGAGAUUCCUGUUAUCUCACUGUCGUAAGCUGUACCUUUUCGUAGAGGAAAGUACGCGUGAUAAACAACACAUGUCUCUACUAUGUGGAACUUUUUGAAAAAUGGUAAAAUAGUGAGCAGCAAUGCACGAGCUGAAAUAGGAAUAACUUGCUUCUUCUAGUAAUUUGCACUGCUAUUACAUGAAAAAUGCAUCCGUUUUCAGCCAAUCAGAUGCGCUCAAUUUUUUCAUGUAUAUCAUUAUUAUUAAGGGUAUUAGCUCAAUUUGAAGACAACUUCUGUUAGGUUCGGUCAUAGUCUUGUAUUCAGACCUUUCACGGCCAAGCAGUUGAGUGGUCCCUACAUUUUAGUCACAGUUAAACGGUAGGAUCUAGGUACGAGGUUAGUUCGGUCAGUCUUUGGAAUCUCUAAUCGUGGCUAGUAGUAACUGCUUGGUACGUAGGUUAACAAAGAUAGAGGUCAUUUGCGUGCAGCCGAGGAUCUUCUUUCACUGAGCACGAGAAUGUCUCAAGUGGGUGAGCUGUAGUGAAUUAGGUACAUUUCUUGACUCCCGGAAGUAAAAGAAACUCUGUCGUUUUUUUUUUCGCUAGAGAACCGGACCGAGCUACAGGAAAUGAGAGCUCGUUUAUCCAACUUACAGGCACAGCUCAGGGAAAAAGAUGACCAGUUGCGAGAGAAGGAAGGGAUUAAUGUAAACCUCCAAACUCGCUUGAAUACAAAAAAUCAACAACUGGAAGAGAAAAUUAGACAGGAAGAGAAUUUAUACCAAAAACUGCGGGCAAUGGAAGAGCAGAUUUCACAAUCUCAAGCACAACUAAGGGAGAGAGAGUCGGAAAAGGCCAACCUGUUAAAGGAAAGAGAUCGCCAAAACGGAAACCUGCGUGCAAUGCAUCAGCUGAAGACCAAAAUGCAGGAGCAGCUGGACAGGAAAGAGCAACAAUUAGUUGAAUCGGAAUUGCGAUUAAGGGAAAUGAAUCAGCAACUGAGAGAUCUUGAAGUUCAGAUCAGAGAGAAAGACAGAGCAACUUUUGCUUUGCAAGAACGUUUAGGAAUUACGGUACAACAAGUUGGUGAGCUAGAAGAACAGCUGACAAGAAAAGACCGGGAAAAGAAUGAACUAGAAAGAAGCCUUUCAACAGCUCAGCAGAUAUUACGUGAUAAUCAGGCUCAAAGAUCACCAGACUGGGUUAUUCCACGUCAUCAAAUUCAGCUGACGACCAAAUCCCUCGGUAGAGGUGCUUGGGGAGAGGUUGUCCAAGGAAGGUUCUGUGGUUGUGUCGUUGCCGUGAAAACGAUACAUGAUUUGAUUCUUUCUCCUCACAACCGCAGGUUGUUUGAACGAGAAAUGGACAUUGCCUCGAGAUGUCGACACCCUUGUUUACUGCAAUUCAUUGGAGCAACAAACGACGACCACACACCUUUGUUUCUUACAGAGGUCAUGGAAACAAGCUUGCGAGCACUUUUACAGGAAAGAUUUCUAUCUCAGACAGAAAUCACCGUUAUUGCUCUGGAUGUGGCUCGAGGACUAAACUACCUCCACCAAAAACGCCCCAUCCCUAUUCUUCACCGUGACAUCAGCAGUGCAAAUGUGUUGCUCUGGAGACAAGGUACUCAAUGGCGAGCUUAAGUGUCAGAUUAUGGCACUGCUAAUUUCAAGAAACAGACCAUGACGGUUGCACCUGGGGCUCUAAUCUACAGUGCACCUGAAGCACGUGCUACAAAUCAAACAGUCCAGGUUUGCUCAGAUUGAUGAUCUAACGGCACUUUUUUGACUCGAUGAGAUUAUUCGUGCUUUUUGAUUCCAAUUUAUUUUAUGUGUUAUACCUUAAGACAUCGUAACAUUUUGAUGGAGAGUAAUAUAAAAGCCUCCUUUCUCUGUAAUUGGGCAUUUUCUUCACGGGUAGUUCUCUUCUUUACGAUGGCCGCCUUUUUUACCUCAGUUUUGGAACUAAAUCUUUCCAAAGUUGAACCACCAGUCGAAAAAAUUGCUUUCCUCAUAUAGAAAUGGUGCUCUUAUAUGUAAAUGACAGUUUGCAAAAGUAAGAAUUUGAAAAGUAAGACGUGUCUCAUGAUCACUAAUUCAUAGUUUGCUCAAUAAUGGGCAAUUGCCCUCGCAAAAAAAAAAAAGCACUGAACAGUGACGAUUAUUGGCAUGAACCUUUUUCACCUCAUUAGAAGCUCAAAGACUCUUUAGAGUGAGAGAGGAAACAAUAUUUGAAUGUUGUUUCCUCUCUUACCUUAAAGUGCAGGAAGGGAUUUCUUAGGAAAAGGCUAAAAUCGAAUCAUUUCUGUAACUGCAUUCGCCGUUAAAAGCGUUGGUUUAAUAAGAUUCCCAUGCCGCAAGAGUUACUUUCUUAAUAUUCCGCCUAUUCAGGGUAUUUUCCCACAAUAGCCGUAAAAGCAUGCACGGUGUUGCAUCUCUCUGUGCUGUCAUUUAUUUCUUCAUUUUCUGUGGUCAGGUUGAUGUCUACAGUUUUGGUGUACUUCUUUGUGAGAUUUCCAUCCGUGAAUUACCAGACCCUGAAAGACGAGAACAACAAGUAGCAAUGGUGGCAAACAAUGUGCUUCGAGCUCUUAUCAGAGGAUGUUUGGAAACAGACCCUCAGGCCAGACCAACUAUGGAAGAAAUAAUUGAUGAAAUAGAACCGGAAGCGCAGGGCACCUUUUGAUAGAGUUUUCUAAUCAACUUCAAACAUAAUGUUGUCUGUAUGGUUUGCAGUAUUGCUACUGUACCGGACGAUCAUAUAGAAGAUCCUGCAAAGAAAACUCCAUCUUUCCCGAUGUAACUUAAGUGUUCGGAUGUAUCUUCUGAAAACUUGUAGACUUUUUCUGUCUAGGCGUGUUCAGCUUUCCAUUAUUCCUUACCUAGGUAUUUACACGCUGAUCUCGUAAGGAUUUAGAUAAAAGCGUCCGUUUGAUGUGUAAAGAAAGAAGGCACAGUCCGAUACCACCAAGAAGGUGUCAUCAAGAGUCCAUUUUCGGGCACCUGCUUUAAUCGAUAAAAGCAGGCUUGGCACGGAUUGGCACGACUGAGCCCUCUCAGCGUAAAUCAUCAAUCUUAUUGUCAGACUUAUUUAUCGUCUGCAAAUGUAAUAGCAUACCAUUAUGAUUUUUUUGCCUAACGUUUCAUUACAAAACUUCCGUCCGUCGAUAUAAAUUUCUAUUGCGAUAUUUAUAGUGUGUUGGUUUGGUUAGACUAAAUACAGCUAUCAUUUUUAAUUUU